CCGAUUCUAACAGAUUCGAGAACCAGUCUAGUUGGAUAUUUUGACAUGUGCGUCAAGGUGAAAUAGAACUGCAGACGAAAAGCCUUGGUUAAAAGAAGUUACUAAUGUCGUACUGUCGUGAAAAUGGCAAAGAUCACAUUAUAUUUGCAACUAAGGAAGAUUUGGAUAAGCCAAGUGCUGCAUUAAUAACAGCCAAUGAAAAUAGUGAAGAACCAGGUUUAAUCUUGCCCAAUGGGGACAUUAAUUGGAAUUGCCCUUGCUUAGGAGGCAUGGCCAGUGGUCCUUGUGGAGUGGAGUUCAGGGAAGCGUUCUCUUGCUUUCAUUAUAGUACUGCUGAUGCCAAAGGCUCCGAUUGUUAUGAACAGUUCUACAAAAUGCAGGAAUGCAUGUCACAGUACCCUGAUUUAUAUCCUGCAAAGGAAAGUGAAGAAGAAACAGAUGAUGACAGUGAAAUGAGUAUUCCUGAUCAAAGUAGUGUGGAUAAAGUGUUGCAAGAAAAGUCUGUUCAAGGAACAUCUUUUGUGAACACUGGUACUAAAUCCUGAUCAGAUUUUAAAAACUUAACAUCGUCAGCCAGUGUUUCUGCCAGAAAGAAAUUUUUGGGUAUGGCGCUAUGGAAUUGAAUGCAACCACAGUCAACAGGGGCUAUGAGGGGCCUCCUCCACAAAGAAAAUGGGUUAUAUUUAGGGUUAGGCUAGGGUUAGGGUCAUUAAUUUUAUAAAAAUGUUAACUUAAAAAAAUAGAAAUUUGGGUAUGGCAUCAUACCCAUUUUACCCUCUGGCAGAAACCCUGUCAGCAAAUGUUAACUCAUUUUAUUUUUGACUCACAUGUACCACAUAAUACGAGUUAAUAGAACAGUAAUUUCCAUCCCAUUCCAGCAAUUUUGUCUAUCCCAUCAACAUUUGGUUAAAGUUUUGUUAAAAUUUAUGUGACCACAUUUCCACUUCUGCAUUAACCCUUUGUUUAUAAACAUCUUUAUUAUA